ACGCAAUUCUUCUAGACAUGGUGACAGUUUUAGUGAAUCAAGCUCAGAAAGUGAAACUGAAUUGGAAGAUGAUAUCCCAGAGCGUAGACAAGAUGCAAACGCUGACUUACCAUCUGAAUAUUGGCAAAUUGGCAAGAUAAUUAAAUAUCUAAAGGUUCGUGAUACUAUUAUUUUUUUUAAUUUAGCGAAAACAUCGAUGUCUAUGUGGUAGCUUACCUGAGAAUGGAAAAUAGUCUCGUUCAUCUGUAAUUUGUUAUAAUUUAUAUACAUAAAACAGAUUUAGCCAGUUCGAGAAUAAUAGAUGACCGUGAAAUAGGGGUUUCAUUUUAAGUGAUAUCCGCCGCUUUAUACAAAAUAUGUAUUGAAUUCCAUAUAAAUUUCAUGUUAAUAGUUUUGAGGAUUGAACGAUGAAUACUAAUAGAGUACAUAUUGACCUAUUAUUUGGCCUUAUUUUGUAAUAUCUUCAAAGUUUGAUUAAAUGUACUAUGAUAUUAAAUGAUGAAACAGAUUACCAACUAUCCGAGAUUUAAUUUUAGGGAUCUUGCACGAAAAUUUAUGAGAAGUUCUAUAACAGUAUAAAGUAAUUCUAAAGGUCUUUAUGUAAUUAUCGACCUGAAAAAAUCACUGUCAAAUUUACCAAGAUUUAAUCCAUCAAAUUAACGUAAAUAAUAGUAUAGAAGUAACGUAAAUGUUCAAUAUACUUCAAAUAUGUAUAUAUUUUAAAUACGUAACCAAUUAAUACUUAAUGUAUGUUUUUUCUCACAACCAAGAGAUUAUUAACUACUUUGUUAGAUGAGCAAUACAUUCUCGUAACUAUUACACACGUUUCAGUCGGCUUCAGAACGAUUAGACAGUAUGCUUGACGAGUUUAAACAAGUGAGAAAUGUUGACAUCAAGUUUCCUGUUGGAUACUUUUCUUUUUUUCACAAAAUAAAACUUUAUCACCUUCUGUAGAUGAACUUUAAAAAGUCUGAUUAUAAUGACGUAAUGCUUACUUUUUAUGAUAUCUUUUUGUACAUAUUUUACAAGGGUGGAAAUCAAACAUCAACUAUCAUAUCCUUAUGUGCCUUGAAAGAUAUGCCUUUAAAAACUGAAAUUUGUCAACUUGCUGUUCGUGAUGUUGGAGGAAUUGAAGUACUCAUUAAUUUACUUGAAACAGAUGAAGUUCGUUGUAAACUUGGUUCAUUGAAAAUUUUAAAAGAAAUUACUAAAAAUCCACAAAUACGUAAAUCUGUUACUGAUAUUGGUGGUUUACAACCACUUGUCAACUUGUUACGUAGUUUAAAUCGUGAUUUGAAAUGUUUAUGCGCUGAAGUUAUAGCAAAUGUGGCUAAUUGUCAUCGAGCAAGACGUACAGUUAGACAAUAUGGUGGUAUAAAAUAUUUGGUUGCCUUACUCGAUUGUCCAAGCUUAAAUAGUGUACCAAUGACUAGUGAAGUUGAAAGAGAUAUUGAAGUAGCACGAUGUGGUGCAUUAGCUUUAUGGUCAUGCAGUAAAUCUAGAAAGAAUAAAUUAGCUAUGAAACAUGCAGGUGUCAUACCAUUAUUAGUUCGUCUAUUAAAAUCUCCACAUGAAAAUAUGCUUAUUCCAGUUGUAGGAACAUUACAAGAAUGUGCUUCUGAAGAAAGCUAUCGUAUUGCUAUUCGUACAGAAGGUAUGAUUGGUGAUUUAGUAAAAAAUUUAAAACGUGACAAUGAUGAACUUCAAAUGCAUUGUGCCUCUACAAUAUUUAAAUGUGCAGAAGAGCCCGAAACACGUGAUCUAGUUCGUACAUAUAAUGGUUUAGAACCAUUGGUAAUAUUGUUAAGUAAACAAUCUAAUAAAGAAUUAUUAGCAGCUGUCACUGGUGCUAUUUGGAAAUGUGCAAUUUCAAAAGAAAAUGUAAAACAAUUUCAAAAACUUGGAACAAUUGAACAAUUAGUUGGUUUAUUGAAUGAACAACCAGAAGAAGUUUUAGUAAAUGUAGUCGGUGCACUUAGUGAAAUGGCCAAAGAUCCAAGUAAUCGUAGUACAAUACGUAAAGCUGGAGGAAUUCCGUCAUUAGUUUCUCUGCUUACAAGAACAAACCAAGAGCUGCUUACGAAUACAACUAAAGCUGUUGGAAAAUGUGCAGAAGAAGCUGAUAGUAUGAGUAUCAUUGAAAAUUUGGAUGGUGUACGUUUACUUUGGUCAUUGUUAAAGAAUCCUAAUCCAAAAGUACAAUCUUAUGCUGCCUGGGCUUUAUGUCCAUGUAUCCAAAAUGCAAAGGAUGCUGGUGAACUAGUACGUUCAUUUGUUGGUGGACUUGAAUUAAUUGUCAGUUUAUUAAAUUCAAAGGAUUUGGAGGUCUUAGCUGCUGUUUGCGCCGCUGUUUCAAAAAUUGCAGAGGAUGAAGAAAAUCUAGCUGUAAUUACUGAUCAUGGUGUAGUCCCAUUAUUAUCACGUUUGACACACACGAAAGAUGAUCGCCUUCGAUGUCCACUAACCGAUGCUAUAGCAAAGUGCUGUACAUGGGGAACAAAUCGCAUUGAUUUUGGCCGUGCUGGUGCUGUUAUACCUAUUGUUCGUUAUCUUAAAUCAUCGGAUCCAAAUGUUCAUAGAUCAACUGCAAAAGCAUUAUUUCAACUCAGUCGUGAUCCAAAUAAUUGUGUUUCAAUGCAUCAAGUCAAUGUGGUAAAGUACUUAUUACAAAUGGUCGGCUCUUCAGAUCCAGAACUUCAAACUGCCAGUGCUGGUUGUAUAAGUAAUAUAAGGAGGUUAGCUUUAGCAAAUGAAAAAGUUCAUUUGACAAAAUUACAUGAAAAAGUUAAAUUCAAUGGUGUUAAAAAUUCAACUGUUAAAAAAUCAUCAAAAAAUAAAUCAAGUCCUAAUCAUCAUCAUCAUCAUCAUCAUCAUCAUCAACAUCAAGAACACUAUCGACAACAAGAAGAUCAAGAACCACAACAAAAUCAUUCACAUGAAGAAACAGAUUUCAAUGAGAAAUCAAUUGUCAGUGAUGAUCAUAUUUCUAAUCUUGAUGAUACAGCUGUUCGUACAACGCUACCUGAUACCAUAGAAACACCUUCUGGAGAAGUGGAUAAUUCCUUAAAAGCAUCACCACAAAUUGUAACAGAUUCAAAUAUUUCAUCACCAAAAUAAGACAGAUAUUAUUUUAGAAUUAGCUAUCUUCAACUUUCAUUCCAUUACGUAAUUGAACUGGGGUAAACAUAAAACUAUGUAUUCACAUAAGUUUAUAGGAUAUAUGUGACUGGUGAUUAUAAUCAUCGUGAAUAAUAAUUGACUAUCCUGUCAUUUCAAUAAAGCUAAUAUAUACGUAUAUGUAGAUGUUGUCCUGACAAGUUAAUACCUCUAUGAAUAACAAUAAAUGAUAACUAUAAAGU